GGUUUUGCUCUUGAUUCCACAGGAGAAGAAAAAUUGUGGAUAGCAUCAAAACUAAUAAAGGUUCGGUUUGAAGAGGAGAAGCCUCUUGGAAGAGAUAAAUAACAACUCAUUCACAAGGGUAAUAAUCACAGCAAAGUCAAGAAAAGUGAGGUUCAAUGUCUCAUACGCCUUUUCUGUAGUUUGGCAGAAAGACCCAGUGGAAAGCUUGCUGAUGCCAGACUAGACUGCAACACGUUUCGGGGGAUCCUACACAACAUAUUUGGAAUGACUGAUGAUACAUUGAUGAAUAGGGUGUUCCAUGUAUUUGACAAAGACAGUGAUAACUAUAUAAAUGUACAGGAGUGGGUUAAAGGACUGUCAGUGUUUCUCCGAGGAACUUUUGAAGAAAAGAUGAAAUUCUGUUUUGAAGUUUAUUAUUUAACUGGAGAUGGUUAUAUUUCCCGGGAAAAGAUUUUUGACAUGUUGAAGAAUAGUCUCUCCCAGCAGUCCCCCGAAGAAGAAAAUGAUGAAGGAAUAAGGGAGUUGGUGGAUAUAAGCCUGAAGAAAAUGGAUCAUGACAAUGAUGGCAAGAUCUCUUUUGCAGACUUUGAAAAAGCAGUAAAACAAGACAGGCUUUUGUUGGAGGCCUUUGGACCAUGUCUACCAGAUGCAAAGAACUGCCUUCAUUUUGAAGCUCUGAUAUUCAGAAACAACCUGACUACUAGUUUUUGAACACAAAUUUCUCAAUACCUGCAUUAAAGUCAGAUCUGGUUGCAUUAGA